AUGACUAUUGCAACUAGGGCACAAGGAUUGACAGGAGAUAGUGUCGAACCUCAAGCAUCUUCUCCUGGACCAUCUGAGAAUAACGCCGAGGAAAUCCAAGAUGAAAACUUCGAACCGGAGUUCCCCAAAGAUAAAUUAGCAUCACUGGAUGAAAAAAUAUCGAGCUUGCGAUGGGUGGUGCCGGUCCUGGCCGACCAGGAGCUAGAAUGUCUACUCAAAGUGUCCAUAGACUUGGCCCGAAAAAAUCUCGAUACAAGAUCGGAAUCUUGUCAGAGGUUCUUCAGAGAGGGAUUGACGGUGUCUUUCACGAAGAUAUUGACGGACGAUGCAGUGUCCAGUUGGAAACCAAACAUUCACGCCUGCAUUUAUCAAAACUGCCUGAAACUCAUAGAGCUAUGCGUGGUGAAGUUGCCUCACGACUGGUACCCCUUAUUGGAUCUGCUCGCCAUGGUUCUUAAUCCGAAUAACAAGUUCCACAGCUUUAAUUCUUCUAGACAGAGCGAAACGGCCGGACCGAAUUGUAAUUUAUCGGAGGAGGAGCUCUUCGCUAGACCGUCGAGCGACUUGAGGAAUCCCAGGGGGUGGUUGGUGGAUCUUAUCAACAAAUUCGGAGAGUUAGGCGGUUUCCAAGUUUUAUUAGAUAGAUUCCAAUCGGGAAAAAAUUUAAGUAUUUCUAUAGUGUUCGCUUUACUGAGGCCUUUUGGGUUAUGCUUUGAAUUUUUGACGGUUCACAGUAUCAACAAGUAUAUAUUGCCUAUAUUAGAAAUGAUUCCUGGUAUAUUAGAUAAAUUAUCGGACGAAGAAUUGAAGAAGGAAGCGAAAAAUGAACAAAAAAGCGAUAUCGUCUCGGCCAUUAUAAAAGCGUCUAAGAAUUUGGCAUCUAGAGUACCCAAUCAAGAAGAACUUAUUAGAACGUUAGAAGGCUUUAGAUUGACUAUGAUAUUACGACAGUUGCAAAUAUCCAGCUUUAACGGAAAGAUGAACGCUUUGAAUGAAAUCAACAAAGUCAUUUCUAGCGUUAUUUAUUAUCCGAAUCGACACCACGGAAUGGAGGAGGAGGAAUAUCUCACGCCCGAGCGUAUGGCAAAGUGGAUUAACGAAAAUAAAGUAUUAGAAAUAGUGUUAAGAGAUUCGCUACAUCAGCCGCAGUACGUAGAAAAGCUUGAAAAGAUACUGAGGUUCGUAAUCAAAGAGAGGGCGUUAAGUUUGCACGAUUUAGACGCCGUUUGGGCAGCUCAAGUCGGAAAACACGAAGCCAUAGUUAAAAACGUCCACGACUUGUUGGCCAAACUCGCUUGGGACUUCAGCGCCGAACAGUUAGACCAUUUGUUCGAAUGUUUCCAAAACAACUGGACGUCGGCGUCGAAGCGACAGAGAGAAAGACUUUUAGAACUAAUACGUCGAUUGGCGGAGGACGACAAAGACGGCGUCAUGGCGCACAAGGUUUUGACGCUGUUUUGGAAUCUGGCACACGCCGAAGACGUUCCCACCGAAAUAAUGGAUCAGGCUUUAGCUGCUCAUGUUAAGAUAUUGGAUUAUAGUUGUUCGCAAGAGCGGGACGCCCAAAAGACGGUUUGGUUGGAUAAGUGUGUGGAAGAACUGAAGAACGGAGAAAUGUGGGCACUUCCGGCUCUCAAACAGAUCCGCGAGAUUUGCACAUUGUACGAACAGAACACGAACGGCAGCCACACUCAACGUACCCACCACAUUUACUACAGACAAGAAGUGAUAGAACGAUUGCAAAACCAGCAUUCUCUAGUUAUAUUAGUAACCAACAGCCUUUGUAGUUAUAUGGAUAGAUUAAGAGAACUAAUCAAAGAGAACCCGGAAUUGACCAGCGAGACGUACAUACCCGACGGACGGUACGGCCACACGCUACAAGUCCAGGAAAGACUGAAUUUUCUUAGAUUCCUCUUAAAAGACGGGCAGUUGUGGCUAUGCGCCGAACAAGCGAAGCAAAUAUGGCAGUGUCUCGCCGAAAAUGCGGUGUUCCAGAGCGACAGAGAGGCUUGCUUUAAGUGGUUCUCGAAACUGAUGGGAGACGAGCCCGAUCUAGAUCCCGGCAUCAACAAAGACUUCUUCGAAAACAACAUAUUGCAGAUAGAUCCGAUAUUGCUCACAGAAAGCGGUAUCAGAUGCUUCGAACGAUUUUUCAAAGCGGUUAACGUGAAAGAAGGCAAAGUGAAAUACAAAAGGAGGUCCCUACUAACGGAAGAUCCAGAUCUAAUAGGUCUCGAUUAUCUAUGGAAAGUAGUUACUUUGUGCCCAAACGAUAUCGCUACCAGAGCGAUCGAGCUGCUUAAAGAAGUCAGUACCAACCUCGGUCCUAGAUUGACUCAAGCGCAGUUGGUGUUCCACGAAAACUACAUCACCGAAUGCUACGACAGGCUUCGAGCUCACUACGACACGUUAACUAUCUUGCAAAAAUCGACCAACGACAAAGAAUUCGACUCCGUGCAACUUCAAAACCGCAUCAAGGCAGAAGCCGUGAAAAUAUGCAGGGUAUUGAAGGUUCUACACGAGUACAUCAGCGAAUGCGACAACAGCUUCGUCGGGGAACGGAAAAUCCUUCCCUUGCAUAGAGCUUGCUACGGCAAACACAUAACUCUGAUCGUCCGGUUUUCUAGUCCCAAUAGACAAGUCGAAGACUUGGAACUAUACACGCAUUCGAACGAUACUCUAGCCUCUUUGAGAAAAUACAUUUUGAAACGAAUCAAGCCUGGUAUAUAUUGCAAACUCGAAUUGUUCAUCAACGGCGAGCCUUUGGAGCCCACCGAGGACAAGAAACUUCUUUCGCAGAUACCCAUCAGAGACAAAAUGUUAAUAUCAGCAAAAAUAGUUCAAAUGAACUCGAAUAUGGCGUCGUCCCAGGACAGUAGUUCGGACAGCUCGACCUCUUCCCCCCACCACCCGUACGACGGUCCAAACGUCGAAGCGGAAAAUCUGUUGCCGGGCGUUCUGAUGUCCCAACAACCGUUCUACGCCCAAUUCUUCUGUCAAUUGAUGAACGUAGGAAGCACGUUACCGUUUGCGAUGUUGAGAGAUAUGGGGCACGCGCUCCUUCAGUUGAUGCCUUGCAAUCUGAUGACGAUGGAGAAACUGAGGAUUCUGUUUUCUGCGCCGGGAGAGCAGAACAUUUCGAUGGAUAGCAUGUUUUUCAGCGCCUCACCAUCCGAAGUGUUAUACAACUUAGAAGUCCUUUACACUAUGUUAAUGCCAGCCAUAGACGCCAUCUCCGAAAAAUCGUACGAAUUCCAGUACAGCUUUAUGAUAUCCGGCGAAGCUCACCUGUUUCUCGAGAUGUUGACGAAGAAUAACUUCAUGUCGAGCGCCGAUAACGUUACCAGACGUUCGGCGUAUCUAGUUGUCCUGAAAAUAUGUAAAUUGAUACUGACUUCUGUUGCGCACGUGCUGGUGAGACUGAGUGAAGAUCACACUCCGCCAGAAAAUGAGGCUUUCAACGAAAAUACCACACCACCUGGAACCUUUUUGAGACAGGCAUUACGAAACGUUCCUGGACACUCGGAUCAUUUGCUGCGACAAGUUUCCAUGAAACUAGCUCAAGGUUUAGCGCAAUUGAUGGUAUCCGAGACGGGAAACACCGGCCAAGCUCAAGCACUGUUCAGUCAAGCGUUGAAUUGGGAACUGCCGGACCUAGCCACGACUUUGGCUUUGGUGCGGCUGGUUUGGGCAGCGAGCAGCAACAAUCUCGGCGCUGUCAACGCCUCGUUGGAAAACUUGCACUCUUUAUCCGAAGCCAGCAACAAGAAGAAGUCAGAACUAGUCAACGACGACGUGCUCCUCUGCAAAGAAGCUCUGGAACUGCUCAGUACCGCCGUCGUGCUCAACCCCAGCAGCUUGCAGCACUUGUACCAGGACAAUUGGUGGCCUUAUUUCGUUACGGACUUGGUGCUAGUCAAUCCGAAUUGUUCCAUAAGAGUCGCUGCUGCCGAGCAGAUGAUCAUCAUUUGUUCUUGCGGCGCUAGCAGUCAAAUGGCGUUGCACGUCAUUAUGCCGUUGCUGUUUUCGCUCAUCAAUACCAUCGUAGUCGAACACGCCAACACGUCCCACGAGUUUUUUCAACUGUUGUGUCGUUUAGUCAAUGUAGCCUAUCUUACCGGAUGUCCCAUCAACGGUGUGGAGACCCUACUCUCAAAUGAGGUCGCCUGGUUAAGAAAAGCCAGAGACAAACACGAAGUACUGAUCGAAGGUCAUCUCCUUCUCGCCAAAGAGCUCCUCUUGCUGAUCUCAUCAGAGCAGAAGUGCGAACUGGGUAGUGCUGAAUCCGGCAGUCUGAUUAAGGAAUUGCUCGAAGACUUCCUGUUUCCCGCCAGCAAGUUAAUGUUGAGAUUACACAAAACGGGUCAGUUGGGCGAAGAUCCGGCCAUUCCUAUUUGUGAUACGCCCCAAACUCAGGCCGCAGCUUUCGAUCUGUUGGUGUCGCUGUGCAUGAACUGCGUACAGAACUACAAACAGCUCGUUAAUAUGCUCACGGAGAUGUUUUACAACGAUCCUGACACUGCAAUCUCGGAAUGGGACUACCUUCCAGCAGUAGGGCCGCGACCGUUCCAAGGUUUCGUAGGUUUGAAGAACGCCGGAGCUACUUGUUACAUGAACUCGGUCUUGCAGCAACUCUAUAUGGUCGACAGUAUUAAAGAAGGCAUUUUGGCAGCAGAAGGAGCAGCUACGGACCCCAAUGAGGAUUUCACCGGCGAAGAGAGACUGGAUAUGGACGUGGAUUGCACUGACGAUAGGAAUAGUUUGGACGAUAAUAGGAAGGACUACAACGUUGGGAUUUUGAAGCAGGUCCAGGCUAUUUUCGGCCAUUUGGCCUGUUCUCGUCUUCAAUAUUACGUGCCUAGGGGACUGUGGAGACAUUUCAAACUUCAAGGCGAGCCUGUGAAUCUGAGAGAGCAGCAGGAUGCCGUGGAGUUCUUUAUGUCUUUGGUGGAGAGUCUGGACGAAGCUUUAAAAACAUUAGGACACGAGCAGAUUAUGUCGAAAAUUCUUGGAGGUUCCUACUCAGAUCAAAAGAUCUGCAAAGGAUGUCCUCAUCGUUAUUCCAAAGAAGAACCGUUUAGUGUGAUUAGUGUAGAUAUUAGGAACCACAGUAGUUUGCCGGAUUCGAUGGAGCAAUAUGUCAAAGGUGAAUUACUGGAAGGCGCCGACGCUUACCACUGUGAAAAAUGCGCGAAGAAAGUAGUGACUGUUAAACGAUUGUGCGUGAAAAAACUUCCCCCUAUUCUAGGUAUCCAAUUGAAACGAUUCGAAUAUGAUUUCGAACGAGUAUGCGCGAUCAAAUUCAACGAUUACUUCGAGUUUCCGCGCGAACUCGAUAUGGAACCCUACACUGUGUCCGGUUUGGCCAAAAUCGAAGGGGAAAUAAUAGACUGUGAUCUUCAUCCUACCUCCACCGAGGUCUGUACCAAGUAUCGUCUAUCUGGUAUCGUCGUCCAUUCUGGACAAGCUUCAGGUGGACAUUAUUAUUCGUAUAUUAGAAGUAGAGAUCCCUCAGGAGAAGUCAGAUGGUACAAAUUCGAUGACGGCGACGUGUCGGAGUGUCGAAUGGGCGAAGACGAAGAAAUGAAGGUGCAAUGCUUCGGAGGCGAUUACAUGGGUGAAGUUUUCGAUCCCAUGUUGAAGAGGACUACGUAUAGGAGGCAGAAGAGGUGGUGGAACGCGUAUAUGCUGUUUUAUACCAGGCAUGAUGUCGAGGAAGAGAGUGCCUUGAAGAUGAUGAAUCAAUUGACGAUUUCCGGUACGAGAAAAGAAACACAUCUCAAGAUGCCGGUAGCCAUAGAAAACAGUAUAAGAAAGCAAAAUAUCAAAUUUCUGCACCAUAGAAGUCAAUUUUCUUUGGAAUAUUUCACGUUCAUCAGAAAAUUGGCGACGAGUUCAGCUCAGGGCAAUACUAGACUUAGUCAACCAUUGCCGAACGAUCAAUUAGAACAACAGUAUCUACUCAGUGUUCAACUAGUCAGCAAAUUCCUUUUUCAUACUGGGUGGCAUACGAAGAAGAAUCUACGAGGACCUGCCAUGGAAUGGUGUGACGUCCUAUGUUUACACCUGCGCACCUCGCCUGUGAUACGUUCCUGGUUCGCACACAACAUGCUCUUCGAGCACAUGAGCCGUUUCUGCGAAUACCUGCUGAGUUGUCCUAGCAACGAAGUCCGUUCGGCAUUCAUCAAGAUCGUGGUGUUGCUCGCGCACUUCUCCAUCAACGACGGGCCUUCGGCUUCGCCGGCAGCCCUCAACAGCACCGCCACCGGCUCUUUGAGCGAUCACAUCCUAUGGGCGUUGCUCAGCCUGCUGCAAAGGGAAGUCAGCGAGCACGGGCGGCAUUUGCCGCACUACUGUAGCGUGUUUCACAUGUACGCCAAUCAAGGUAUUCAAGAAAAGACUCAGCUGCUGAGGAUGAACGUGCCGGCGACCUUUAUGAUGGUCGCCCUAGACGAAGGUCCCGGACCAGCCAUAAAAUAUCAAUUCACCGAAUUAGGAAAACUUAAUCAAUUAGUCGCUUGUUUAAUUCGAUGCUGUGAUGUAAGCAGUAAGUGCCAGAACAGUACCAACGGUCCAGUUUUACCCAAUCCCUACAAAGAUCCCACCAUACCGGAGUAUAUCAUGCCGAUUUCCUCGCCUGCCGCCGAAAUUCUCUUCAACAGGAAUGUAUACGUCAAAAAAGUGAUCGAAGACACGAAUCUGACAGAGGAUGCUAUCAAAUUCUUGCAGUUCUGUUCGUGGGAAAAUCCUCAUUUCUCCAGGACGGUACUAUCGGAGCUCCUGUGGCAGAUCGCCUACGCCUAUUGCCAAGAACUUAGACACCACAUAGAGAUAUUAUUGUCAAUUUUGUUAAUAGAAGAUUCCUGGCAGAAUCAUAGAAUACAUAACGCUAUUAAAGGUGUCCCGGAAGAGCGCGAAGGUCUUCUGGAAACCAUCGUCCGUGCCAAGAAUCACUACCAAAAGAGGGCUUACCAGUGCAUCAAGUGUAUGGUGGCGUUGUUCAGCCGUUCGGCGGCGGCUCAAGCUAUGUUGUUGCGACAGGCAGAAGUGAGGCGGUCGUGGACUUCCGCGGUGGCUUGGCUUCAGGACGAGCUGGAGAGGAAGUACCCCCCGAACGCACAGUACUCCUACAAUACUUGGUCGCCUCCGGCACAAAGUAACGAAAGCUCCAAUGGAUAUUUUCUUGAAAGAUCAAACAGUGCCCGAAAGACGUUAGAGAAGGCGCUAGAACUGAUGCCCGAAACCGAAAGAGAAGAGGAAGUGGAAGAGACUCACUCGCAAGAGGAGCCGUCGCCGCCCUCCGAGCAGCAUUCGCAGCAACACGCGAUCGCGCCGCAGCAGCAGCCGCAAAAUAAUGACAACAACGCGCCGUCAGAUCUGCCGGACGUAACGCAGCACUGCGAAAAUCAGCAGGACAGGUAA